AAUACUGAAUCCAACACACAAUUACACCACCUGUAAGAACAAGUGAAUGUCAUUACAUUCUCAUCAAACAAAGAAACCCAAUCAAUCUCUAUCUUCUUUCUUUUCGAUCGGUUCCUAGUUCCUUAUACUGUCAUAAAAGCUCUGUGUCUUAUGGUCACCGAAACUAUGGCUUCCUUCAAAAUUACCCUUUUCUUCUUUCUGUUUUUGCAUGCCUUUCUCUUUCUUCCUUACAUGGUUCUCAGUAAUGAUGAUGAAGACAAUCUUAUUCAAGGACUUAACAGUUACAGACAGUCUCUUAGUUUGUCAGCCUUGGCAAGGAACGAAAGAGCAGAUUGUCUUGCAGAUGAAGUUGCAGACCAACUUGAAGACGAACACUGUACCCCCGUAACCAGUAGCAGCAACAUUGUCCCGACGACUCCGUCUCAACUCACCGACUAUCCAAAGCUAUUGAAGAAGUGCAAGAUCGAUAUGAACAGCACCACAGACGGGGUUAUAAUGCCAGUUUGUGUUCCCAAACUGGUUCCGACUCUGGUUCUUACCAACUACACUCGAUCUCAAUAUGCAAAGCACCUCAACAACUCCAAGUUCACCGGCGCCGGAGUGGGGUCCGAGGACGAUUGGAUGGUGGUGAUUCUGACCACCAAUACACCUAGUGGAAAUUUUGCUAGUUCUGCAAUCUCUUGGGUCUCACAGCUUGCUUUGGGUCAUUUGUUUGUGCCUUUAUUUUUGGGGAUUUUAAUGCUUUUGGUGGGCUGAAGUGCUUGCCUUUUCAUUCCUUUCUGAUUUUGUAUGUUUGGUUUUGAUGUAGUUUUUGUUUUUAUUUAUAUUUUUUUAUUUGUGUGUGUGUGUGUGUGUGUGUGUAAUUUGUUUACUUUGAAGACAGAAAUUCAGUAAAGCUAGUGUUUCAUUUUCUUGGCAAA